AGAGAGAGCAAAGGCCCUGUAGCAACAGCUGAGACAAAAAAUAGAGCGAGAGAAAAAGAGAGAAGCAGAGUUUUUACUCAUAUUUCAUAUGAAAUAGUUAGUCACACGAAAGACACCACCAGGAGCAACUUGCAUCUUGUCUACAAGAGAACAAAGCCACUUUCUUUACCUGAGCCCAUAAGAAGUGCUACAAUGAGGACACCAGUCAUUCCGGCUACCCUUCUUCUUUUGGUACUAGGCCUGGCAUGGGCCCAGAACCCACUAAAGAAGCACCCAGCUCCGCCAAAAACGACAAAGGCACCGUGCUGUGAAGAUGUACGAGCCUUGAAGGUUCAGGUGGCCAACCUCACCAGCCUGCUAGAGGAGUUGAGCAAGAAGCAGGAGGCAGAUCGGAUGACUUUGGUAAAGCAAGUGAUGGAGCUAGAAAAGCUGAACCAGCAACAGGAGGCCAGAGUUACUGAAGCAGAAAGCAAGUAUUCAGAGAUCAACAACCGCGUGGACAUUAUGCAGUUUCAAGCCAUGCAAGGUGCCCCGCAAACAACCUCAGAGGCGAUCUAUGACUGUGCAUCCCUAUACAACAAGAACUACAGAAUUUCUGGGCAUUAUAAAUUGCCCAAAGAUGAAUUUCUGGGAACACCAGAAUUGGAGGUGUUCUGUGAUAUGGAGAAAAAUGGAGGUGGAUGGACGGUCAUCCAAAGACGCAGAGUAGGCCUGACCAGCUUUGACCGGGAUUGGAAGCAGUACAAGAAUGGCUUUGGUACAAUCAAUGGGGACUUCUGGCUUGGCAAUGAGAACAUCUUUCGUCUGACCCGUCAGCCCACAGUUCUCCGUAUAGACAUGGAGGACUGGGAGGGAACAACACGAUACGCUCAAUAUGGCUUCUUUACGUUGAGCAAUGAGCUGAACAGCUACAAGCUACUUAUUGCCAACUACAGCGGGAAUGCUGGGGACUCACUCCGCUACCACAACAACACCAACUUUAGCACCAAGAACAAGGACAAUGACAAGUGUGUGGAUGACUGUGCCCAACUUCGCAAAGGUGGCUACUGGUACAACUGCUGCACAGACUCAAACCUGAAUGGUGUGUUCUAUCGAUAUGGGAUGCACACCAAGGGCUCGGAUGGCAUCACUUGGUAUGGCUGGCACGGACCAAACUACUCCCUCAAACGAGUGGAGAUGAAGAUCCGACCCCAGAACUUCACUCCUUAAGUUAAAUUAACUGCCCUUGCUUACCAUAACCACAUGCAAACCUUAUGCAAUAAAAACUAAUGUCUUCUGUCUUUACCUGGGUAAAAAAACAUCUCUAUGCAUUUGUUUUCUUGCAGAAUGUUCCUGGAUUGAAUGAGUGAUGAGUGAUGUAUGAUUGUAAAGUGCUGUUGUUUUGAUAUUUAUCUCAAAUAUUCUAUUUUCAUUAAGCUUUUUUCUUCUAGACUGUUCAUUCAUCAAUAAGCAAGAAGUUCCUCAUAUCUGGGUUAUGUUAAAUAAAGUAGGCAUGUUUAUCAGAAUAAUUCAUGUCUUUAACAGAGUAGGUCUUAUUUUAAAAUAAAAAUAAAAAAAAACUUUGGAUACUUUAUUAAAAUGUUAAAAAUAAAUUUACUUUUGGUAAAUUGAGUAAUCGAUUACACUGAAUUGUGUAAAAUGUAAAAUGUGUACAGUUCUAUAUACAACUGAAUGAUUAAUUAAAUUGUAUUUUUAAAAA